CUCCUACUAGGCUACUUUUAACUAAAUUCAUCCCAUAACCCUCACCGUAGCUUUUUUCACAUACUGCACACCACACACACACAACUUUAUCAAUAUACAACAACAAGAAGAAUAACAACAGCAACCAUGUCAACCACAACCCAACAACAUCAACACCAAGAACCCCAAGAAUCCCAAGAACAAGAAAACACCCACACCCUCCCCAAACCCCCCUACAACCCAAUAAUAAACCCCUCCAACACGCGCCCAAUCCUCGCAGACGAACAAACCUCCCUAAAAUCACACAUCUUCCUAACCCGCCCCUACAUCUCCACGCUACUAUUCGAAAACGCCACUUCCGAUGCGCGCGACCACUGCGCCAACGAGCGGACCUUUCUCUCCUGGCUCCGUCUCUCAAUGUACCUAGCCAUCGUGGCCAUCGCCAUCAUAAUCAGUUUCCAUUUCCAGACGCCGCCGACGGGGCUGGAGCGGCGGAUGGCGUUACCGCUGGGGAUUGUCUUCUGGGUAUUGAGUAUUGCGUGUCUGGUGAAUGGGUUUGCGAAUUAUGUGCGGACGGUGAAGAAGUAUAGUCGGAAGGCGGCGCUCGUGCAGAGUGGGUGGAAGACGCAGGUCACGUUUACGGUGGUCGGGACGGUGAUUUUGGGGAGUUGUGUGUUGUUUUUGGCUACGGAUGCUAGUACGAAUUGAUUUGAUUGAGCAUGUUUUUUGGGGUUGGUUGGGGGGAAGUGGUAGUGGGAUGUGAUUAUAAACAAAGCUAAAUGGACACUACACUCGAUAGUAUGUAUGGAAUAGGGCCAUCGAACGCUGCAGGGAAUCAUGUCAGGGGAUAUAUGUAUGGUAACCGUGUACAGGCUGCAGAUACAGAAAGAU